AUGCUGCACAUUUCGUCGCGGCCUUCGCUGUAUCUGUUGGUGCUGGUGCUCUGCUGCUGCAGCUCCUGCUGCAAACCAGCUCUGUGUAUGUCGCUACAGCAACCUGGCGCUGUAUCCCUGUUGCCCAGGCUUUACAUGAACACCUCCGCGCAGCAGCAGCCCCUGCCGCUGGUGCAGCGGCAACAGCAGCGCAAUGCCGCAUCUGCUGCCACUCGCCUACUGUAUCAGAUUCGCUUUCAAACGCCAGAAGGCCAAGAACACAUUGUCGAGUGUGCGGAGGACGAAUAUAUUUUGGACGCUGCGGAGGCAGCGGGAAUCGAGCUGCCCUACUCGUGCAGGGGCGGCUCUUGCAGCACCUGUGCCGGCAAGGUGUUGAAGGGGUCAAUCGACGCAAGUGAACAGAGCUACUUGGAUGCACAACAGCAAAAGGAAGGAUUUGCACUGCUGUGCACAGCAUACCCUAAAAGCGACUGCACCAUUCUCACCCACCAGGAAGAGGCGCUUCAUAGCCAAUCCUAA